AUGGAUAUCAAAAGUUGCUGUAAUUCUGGCAAUAGAACUAGAACCAUCCAAUUGGGUUGCAAUGAGAUUGAGCACGUAAACUGUCUAUCAGCCACCGGAUCACCUAAGUUGAGGUGGAAAAUGUUGUGGAUGAAGCUCAAGAAAGAGAAGAAGAAGCUUUUUGUGUGUGCAUCACCCUUGCAGGUCCCUUAUGAUCCAUAUACUUACUCUCAGAAUUUUGAUCAAGGGACUGCGCUUGAAGAACCAGAGAAUCUGUCUAGAUCUUUCUCUGUUCGUUUUGCUGAUCCUUCUAGAGUACUUGUAAAGAAAGAGGUACUUAAAGGCAAGACUAAGGAAAUUUGA